GAGUCUAGUGUCAGGGGACAAUGUCAUGUCGAUUCCGUGUCGGUAGAGAAAUCCGUUCACGGCUUAAAUUCUUCAUUUUCAUAUACUUCAAAGAGGAAGCAAAAUAAUAAAAAUCGGGUUCUUUGAUUGUUUGUUCUCGAAAGCGAUUGUAACCGCAUGCGGGGACUUUCUUUCCUUGUAUCAUUUGUGUUGGAGCAAGCACAAAGAAUUCGCAUUUAUUAUAUGGUUUCAUGAAUAGACCGUGAGAGAUGUGAUGGUUGUGAUAGCUUGGUUUGCACUAUUGAAGUAUCUGUUGAAGCUAUUCUCUAUCAUCUAUCUAGGAAUUCCACGACGCAAUCAUCUCGUAAUGGCGAAUUGGUUCGGUUGGACACCAUGGGCAAAGCCAAGGGGGCGACAUCCCCGCCCGCCACUUGAUCGUGCUUUAGGUCAAGGCGCUAGCUCUGGGUCUCGCUCUAGAUCCUCGUCUCGGUCUCUUAGACGACACCCCAGUGAGCUUAACCCGGCCGAGAGAUUAGCUAGAAAGAAGAAGGAAAAAGCAGAGGAAGAAAUUGAGCAGGAAAAACUGAACAAUAUGGAGCCCGCUGAUAGAGCCGCUUACAUUGAGCAAAAGAAACUCAUGAAUGAACAGAGAAUUGAGAAAUUGAAAAAGAGAUUUGCAAGUCGGAUGAAGAGGGUGGCAAAGAAGCAUGAAGAGAAGGUCGCAGAAGAGAACCGUGGGUGGAAGAGAAAACAUGAAGAUGAUGCUGUGGCCCAAUCCGCCGAAAGAAGACAGGAAUUUCUGAAAAAUCGGGGGAAGAACCCCUCCCCAGCACCGGAAUUGGCAAUGUCGAAUUUCGAGCGAGAAAAGCAUAGAAUUCACACGAUAGGCUUAUUGGAAAAGAUUUAUGCGGAUCUUCAAUAUCACUUCGUGCACCCCACGCUGAUCAAUUCCGACGCGUACGAUCCUUAUGAAGGGCUAUUCAACGAUCUUUCGGGGGUAUACUUGCGAUUUCUAAUGCUAGCUCAAAGCCCAGAAGUCCAUAUGAGAGGCAUCGGUAUUGACAGUGCUUGCGUUCUCAUGCUUUCACAGAACUUCCGCACCGCGUUGAGACAUGGAGAAUUGCCCGAUGGAACGUUUGCCAAGCCCGGCCAGGAUGGGUAUUCACAUACUUGUAGAUGGGAUGAAUUUCAAUUGAAGCUCCAGUUGGAACAUUUCAGCAUUAGAGGCUUUGCGAUCGCACGUCAUAUUCCGUACAUGAAGGUUUUUGGUCGAAGCGGUUCGAAGCUUUUUGGGGGGGACGUAUGGCCGGCGAAUUUGAGUCUUCAACUGGAUCCUUCGAUCAGAGAUCCGUAUGUAGUGUGCCUUGGAAGAGAUGGAACAGUAUACCCUUGCCUGUUUACACCUCUUCCUGGCGAGUCCGAAUCUGUACAUCAAAGUGUCUUUAAGCUUCCAUUCAGAAACCCUAAAGAAAAGGUAGGAAAAGGGGAAACUUUGGGACCUGCCAAAAAGCGUAUGGCUCCGCUUCGCUUUCAAAAUCUGAAGGCUAGUAUAUUCAACGCAGAGAUUUUCAAACAAUAUGCUCCCCCAUCAUCUUGGCCACCGAGCUGGGAGUAUCCGCCUGCGGAUAUUCAGCAUCCAUGUCGAGAAUGGGGUAAGAACUAUCCGUUGUGUGUUGCUUGUGGUCUCCGAACAGGGCCUCUGGAGGUAGUAAAAGAAGUACGGAAAGAAGUGCAGGAAGAAGCAGAAGAGUCGGAAAAAGAGGCAGACGCAGCAAAAGCGCCCCAAAAGAAGCCAAUCUGUCGCUGCAAAACAAUUGAUGUCUUCGAUCACAUCUUGGUAGAGAUCAAAGAGUAUCCUUCGGAGUCCACAUCCACAAAUUCUAUCUCUGUUGAUCGUGGAAUCAGGAUUUUACAAAAAGUCCCAAGGGGCCAUAUUAUUGGGGAAGUCCUUGGAGAAUUCAUCCCACUUGGUGCCGAGAGUGAUUUUCAGUGUCCUACUUCAUUCGCUAUAGAUUUUCAUGCUCCUCCUGACGUUGACAAAUUUGGAAAAGUUCUGGAGAUUGACCCGGAUGUUGUAGUGAUCAAGACUAUUGACACCAAUACAAAACCCAUCGCAACGUUGAUCGAGGGACACAAAGGUGGAUGGACUAGGGUGAUUAAUAAUGGCACGAGUGAAACAUCAAAUGUUGAAUUCCGCUCGGAAGUCUGGGCAGGGAAAUUACGCAUUACUGUGAGAGCGCUGAGGGAUAUAAACUUUGGAGAACAAUUGUUUGGUACGUUUCCCCCAAAACUCGUCGCCCAACCAACCACCGCCUCAUCGUGUUUUUCUACAAUGCUUGUGAAUUUUGGAGGAGAAUCCUUGGUCUUCUUUAGGGAAGCUGUGUGGUGGGCUUUUCCAAUGAAAAGAAUAAUUACUGACUUCUCGAUCCUGCAGUCCGAUUGGGGGAUUCGUACUUAGAACCUGAUGGGCAAUCGAUGUAUGCCGAAAAGAAGGAUCAAGCUGAAAGGUCACCAACGAGAGCGCUUACCGGAUUCUAUAAGUGACAUAGAAAAUAGUGAAGGGAAAAUGAAUCUUCUCUGGAAGUGAAGGGGGGGUGGUACUUUACUCUUCGUCUCUACUCGUUUCGUUUGUGAAAACAUUGAGAUUGUUUACCCAGGUAAUGGAUAGUACCGGUAGCGAAAGGGGUUGAUGACAAUUGAGAAGUGAGUGAAUAUAUAACCUACAAACGGUAGAACAACAUAAUAUUACAUACAUGCAUACAUACA